AUGGAUCCCGCACUGUUUGACCUUCCUGUCAAAUCCCCUCCCUCCCCGGAUCAGUCCUACGGCUCAAAGCUUGUCGGUCACAUCCCUAGGGCCUUUGAAGAGUUCUUAGGGCUGGAGCGAGCUCUAGGUGAACUCGAUUCAGAGGGUCAGACCUUCAGCCUUAGAGAGGACCUCCAGCAAGUUAUUCAAGGUGGGCCGUGGUUCGUAGAAAGGGCCCUCAAAACCAAACAACGGCUCUGUGCCAGCAAAGGACGGUUAACGUUGGGACAAGUGUCAAAAGCAUUUCAAAAGGGACAGCUGCCAAAGAGAAUCGUAAGGGGACCUCCAGCUCUGGGGGGAUUAUCAUUUAAGGAUAAGCUUCGAGGUGGGACCUUGCCUCCCCCCUCAGGAAAAUAUUCCCAAAAUUCCCGCCAUGUAGGCUACGUCCCUCCUCCCAUAUUCAGACACAUCUUUGGCCUCUCACGCUCCUCCCGUACCCUCUCUGAAUGCGUCACCCUUAGCGGAAACAGACAUAAUGCAGAUCACCCCCACAUAAACCCUACUACUAGCCCCCUCUCAGUCACCUCUGAUUCCAACCCAAAAGCUACCACCUUGGUCAUUUCCUCGUCGCCAAGCCAAGAUGGGGAGAAGAGAGCAGACAAGCGUGAACUUUUGGGAAAGAGCACUGAACAACAUGAUUCAACAUUGGUGGAUCGAAAGCCCCCCCUCCCCCUCGGCGAGUACUCUUCAACCGGGUUCCGAAGAGGAGUCUCGCAUUACAAUUCAUCACCUCCUCCCCGAAGAGAACGUAGCAGAUCGCUAGCCUCCAAUAGGGGAGCUCCUGGUCCAAAUAACUACUUCGGUGGACACUCUUAUGCACUGGAAUGCACCGAACAUUUGGGGACCAGAAAUCACGAACCAGAUCAUCAGAGGGACAGCUCUCCAAAGAAGGAGCCUAGCGAGGACCAUCUUGCAAGCCUACCAUUAAGCCACGAAUCGAGGCCUGCAACUAACAACGAGCAGUCUCAUGUGGAAUCCCAUCUCAAUGUACACUCUCAACUCGGAGGACAACUUGACACUGCUCCUCACAAAAAUCGAGGUGGAUCGUAUCCAUGUGUUCGCCACAUCUUGGCAGAUGCGAGAGGACGAGGUGGAUAUAACCAUCCAAAUAAUCCCAUUCCCUAGCCACUCGGCAAACAGCCUCCCUCCUACUGAUCAACAAUUUAAGGAUUGGAGGGACAAUCAAGCUAUUAAUAUCUCAGAUCCUACGACAUUCCAUAUGAACAUACUUGUGUGGAAUUGUCGAGGUGCCGCACAAUCAUCAGCUUGAUAUAGUGAUUCUUAUGGAGACUCGCCUUUCCGGUGAAAGAGCAAAUCAGAUCGCAGCCACUCUGCCUUUUGAUGGAUUCUGCUCCUCUCCUACCAGGGGUUUCUUUGGAGGGAUUUGGAUACUAUAGCGCAACGAAUGUGUCUAGUUAGAUCUCAUGAGAAUUACGGAGCAGGAGAUUCAUGCCAUUGUUAAGGAAGUUGUGCGCACAAAUGAGUGAGGUUCGACCCACACACAUUAACAGGGAGAUAAAUGGAUGCGCUGAUGUUCUAGCUAAGAUGGGGAGAGAUCAAGAUGCACGUUUAGUAGUUUUUGACUUAUUUCCCACGUAUUGGAGCUGAUUUUUCAGCGGACUCUCUUUGAUUUGCUUUAAUGAACUCUUUAGUUAUCAGAAAAAAUAAAUCCACAAUCUUGUUAAGGGAAAAAGAUGUUAAACUGCCCGAAUCAAUCAAUGUUGAUUGUGCAUAUUUGUUUUA